GACUUCGUGCGUCGAACGUACAGCCCUUCGCUCUGGAGCGAGAGUCCAAAGGUCACGUGAGGGUCUAAAAGUCACGUGAUAGAAACAUGGCAGCCUCCCUGCAGCCGGACGAUUUGCCGGAGCCAGAAGAAGCUAAUAACUCCGAUCUGAGAAGUGUGCUUGUCACCAGUGUUCUAAAUUUAGAGCAGUUGGAUAAGGAUCUCUUCAGGGGCUCUCACCACUGGGUCCCCGCUACACAGAGGUUGUUUGGUGGUCAGAUUGUGGGUCAGGCGUUGGUGGCAGCGGCUAGUUCUGUGGAUGAAGAUGUGCAUGUCCAUUCCUUGCAUUGCUACUUUGUCCGAGCAGGCGACCCCAAAGUUCCAGUGCUGUACCAAGUGGAUAGAACACGCGAUGGUCGCAGUUUCAGUGUGCGUUCGGUGAAGGCGAUACAGCAUGGCAUGCCGAUCCUGACAUGUCAAGCUUCCUUUCAAUGUUCACAGGAUAGCCCCCUGCAGCAUCAGUUCACAAUGCCAUCCGUGCCUCCUCCAGAGGAUCUCCUGACCCGAGAGGAGCUUAUACAAAAGUAUUUACGGGAUCCCUCCCUGGUGGAGAAGCACAGGCUAGGUCUCAACAAGAUUCUUGCGCAAGAGGUUCCUAUCCAGAUUAAACCUAUUAACCCGCCAGACAUGUUCCACCGCAUGCCUCAGGAACCGCGCCAGAUGUUCUGGGUGCGAGCCAGAGGAUUAAUUGGACCAGGCGAUAUGAGACUACACUGCUGCGUAGCUGCCUAUAUCUCUGAUUAUUCUUUUCUGGGUACGGCGCUGCUUCCUCAUCUGCACCUCCGCAUGCGCUUCAUGGCAUCACUUGACCACUCCAUGUGGUUCCAUGCACCAUUCAGGGCAGAUGAAUGGAUGCUGUAUGAAUGCGAGAGCCACUGGGCAGGGAACUGCCGUGGGCUGGUGCAUGGCCGAUUGUGGCGAAGAGACGGGAUUCUUGCAGUCACAUGUGCUCAAGAAGGUGUAUUCCGUGUCAGGCAGGAGGAGAAUCCCAACAGCAAGUUGUGAUUUAAAAAUAGCUGUGGACCUACAUCUGAUUUCAGUCAUACAACCUGUGCAAACCUGAACUGAAAUUCUGGUUAAUUUGUAUAUAAUUUGCUUAAAGUAAUAAAUCUUAUUCUUAUCUGGUGAUUUACAACAA